AUGAGUAAUAGUUUCUCACAAGAAAUAUAAACUUCUUAUCAAAAAACUAUUACAACAAGUCAAAAUGUUCAGAGAACAACUGAUGUUGAUUUCCAGGAUGCAGUUCAAAGAUAUGAAUUGAGAAGAUCUUCAAAACCAAAGAAGCAAAUCAUCAAUUAAAAAACUGGGAUCGUUGGAAAUUAAUAUAUGCAAAUAUCAACAGAUGAUAACAUAAACAAUUACAAUUUCCAAAGUUCAAAGCAUUAAUAAAGAAUUGUCCAAAAAUACUCUAAUAUUAAUAGUGCUAAUGAAGUCAACAAGUAUAAUGUCUAGGAAGUUAAGGAUGAAUAUGAAAGGGGGAAAUGUAUAUUCUAUAUAAUUAUUAAUAGCACUAGGUUAAUUAUCUAAAACAGAAAAGUAUAAUUUUGCAGGUCCUUUAACUGAAUAUGAAGAGGAAUUUACAUAAUAAAAAGAGAAUGUAUUAAAUUAUAAUGGCAUUUAAAGUAAACUUAAAUAGAUGAUUUUUAGCUUAGUAAAUUACAUAUUAGAUUGAUUAUGAAUAAAUUAAAGAGGAUUGUUAAUAUAAAAGUCAAUAAUACAAAAGUCCAUAAAGAGAGGAUGAUGAAUAAAUCUAAUUAUUGGAUACUGAUUAUGUAUCUUGCAAAAUAUUUUGA